UGUGUUGAAAGCUAGGGUCAGAAAGCAAGAACCACUUUCAGGCUCACAUUGGACUUAAACGCUGAAUAUUAAACCGAUUUUGAAACUCCGUGUCUGAAGGUUCUGCAAAAUGUGUAAAGGAUUAGCUGCCCUGCCCCAAACCUGCCUUGUAAGGGCAAAAGAGAUCAAGUCAAAAUUGGGAGUUUUGCUGCAAAAGCCAGAAAAUGCCAUCGACCUCAUCAUCCCCUAUCCGGAGAAAACCGAGAAGAAGCCGGAGAAGCUGCAGAAGCCUUCACCUGAAGAAGCUGCUCAGUGGCGUGAGGGUCUUGACCAAGUCCUGAACAACAACUAUGGUCUGGCUGCCUUCCGUGGCUUUCUGCGAUCUGAGUUCAGCGAUGAGAAUAUCGAGUUCUGGAUGGCCUGUGAGGACUUCAAGAAGACAAAGAACCCAGUGAAAAUGGCGGCCAAGGCCAAAAUGAUCUAUGAGGACUACAUCCAGUUUGAGGGACCCAAAGAGGUAAACAUUGACCACUUCACCAAGGAUGUGACUUUGAGGAAUUUGGUCGAUCUCUCUCCUGAAACCUUUGACCUGGCCCAAAAGAGGAUCUACUCCCUGAUGGAAAAAGACUCCUUUGGGCGCUUUUUAAAAUCUGAGCAGUACCAGGAGCUCUUGGUAAACUAAACCUGAGCAGGAGACUGAGCAGCUGGGUCGGGAGUUAAGGUUCUGGCAAAACCAAAAUUAUAUUAAUUGAUAAUAAUAAAACAACUGCACGCUGAAA